AUGUCCGACGUUCAGGGUCGUGGCAUAGGCCGCCGGGGACGUGGCCGCGGGGGACAUGGCCGCGGUGGGUUUGAAGAUAAAGGCGGCCGAGGCGGAGGUGGUUUUGGGGAUAGAGGCGGCCGUGGCGGUGGAGGAGGCGGUGGUGGAGGCCGCGGUGGCAAUGGUGAUCAAGGCGGUCGUGGUGACCCCCGCGGCGGCUUCCGAGGUGGUCGUGGCGGCUUCAAUGAUCGUGGGCGCAGAGGUGGAGGUGGCUAUGGUGGAGGUCGAGGAGGAGGAGGAGGAGGAGGAGGUGGUGGUGGUGGUGGUGGUUAUGCUGGUGGUCCAGAUGUUUACACAGGACCAAACAACGUCAUCCCCCCGCCAAAUCCCGAUAUCACAGCUCUGGAAGACCGCGUCGUCCAGCAACAAAACUCUGCGUUGGGACAGUUGAGCAAGCUUUCCCUCAAUGAUGGGUCCAGCUUUUUCCCACACCGGCCUGGCUUUGGCACUGGUGGUGCUCCGGUUGUACUGUGGGCCAACUACUUUGAACUGAACGUCAACACAGCCUCACUAUUCAGUUACAAUGUGCUGGUGGCCCCGGAGGAAUCUAGCGAGAAGAAAGAGGCCGAACCGAGCUCUGCUAAGGGCAAGGGCAAGGGAAAGCCCAAGGAGUCCAAGACCAAAGAAGCCAAGGGUACCAAACUUGCCAAGAUCAUCAAGGCUGCGCUCGACACACUCCCGCCUACCGUCGUUGUUGCAACCGAGCUGAAGAUGAGCGUCGUCUCCAAGGCGAAGCUUCCUCUGCCCCCCAACUCAGUUAUUACUGUGGGCAUCCCCAGGUCCAAUGGUGGUGAGGAGCGCUGGGAUAUUAAGUUCAACGACCCUGUCUCGCUAGAUAUUGGACGCCUCAAGCAGUACAUUGAGAACUUUGAAGACAAGGGUAACGAGUCUGUCUUUCCCAAGUUCGCGGCCGAAGCUGAUGCGCUGGGCGUUGUGCUCGGCCACACCGCACGAAGCAACCCCAACACCGCUGCCGUUGGCAAGAGUCGCUUUUUUGCUUUCGACGCCAAUCGUUCCGAAGUCGGCCCCGUAUCGCCAGGCAGUAUGAUCGAUAUCCUUCGCGGUUACGUUCAGAGUGUGCGGUUGGCCACCGGUCGUCUGCUUUUGAACGUCAACGUUACCCACGGUGUCUUCCGGUCGCCGAUGCCCUUGCCUGACCUGUUUCAGAGGGUUGGUAACCUCAACAUGAAUACACUCAAGCGCUUGCAUGGGCUCUUGGCCAAAUCGAGAAUCCAGUGCCGGGUUCCCACCGAGAAACCUGGUGAGUGGGUGAAGGUUGAGCGCUCUAUGGCAGGAUUCGGCGGGGUUAGAGAUGGCAGCGGCGAGGAACGGAGGCCCGAGUUUUUGGAACCCAACGAGUACUUCGGCAAGCCUACCAACGUCAAGUUUUUUCUUCGAUCGCCCAAAGAGCCGAGACCGGCACCCAAGGGGCUCAAGUAUGACACCAUGGUAUUGGUGUCUGACUAUCACAUUGCCAAAUACAGCGACUCCCACGGGGUGCGCAAGGUCGAGACUUUCCCAUUGAUCAACGCGGGCAGUCCAGCUAGGCCCAUUUACCUGCUGGCUGAGUGGUGCUCCCUUUUACCGGGACAGCCUAUCAAGGCUAAGCUCAGUGCCAGCGAGUCUCAGAGCAUGAUACAGUUUGCAUGCCGAAAGCCAUUCUUGAACGCUGUAUCCGUUACCACCAAUGCCAGAGCUGUUCUUGCACUGGACAACAACAAACUCCUGGAUAAGUUCGGAGUGAGUGUCGAUAAGCAGCUCAUCACAGUCAAGGGUCGUAUGCUUCCACCCCCGGCCAUGGCGUACCCCAAGGAGAAUUUGGUGGAGAUAAUCAAGCCCCAAGAUGGCGGCUGGCUGCUCAAGGGUGUCAGGGUUUCAAAGCCUGGUAGGAUGAUCAAGAACUGGACGCUCUUGGAAGUACAAGGCCAGGCUGAUCAGCAUGUCAAGGCCACCAUGGGCCAGUUUGCGGUAUUCAUGGCGCAGAGCAUGGGCAUGGCUAUCAAUAAGAAUGCCACACCGGCAAGUGGCUAUGAGGUCGCUUCCAUGGGUGAGCAAGACUUGAGAGCCGCUUUUCAGGGGAUGAAGCCCAAGCCCGAUCUGGUGAUCGUUGUGCUUGGCGACCAGAACGCCAACGUAUACAACACGGUGAAGAAGCUAGGCGAUGUCGAGUUCGGCAUUCAUACGGUGUGCGUGGUGAGGAACAAGAUAACGAACAAUAAGGGAUACUUUACCAACGUCGCGCUCAAGGUCAACCUCAAGUUUGGCGGCGUCAACCACAAACUGCAGAACGCUCAUCCUCUGCUGAAGGGUGGCAAGACCAUGGUGGUGGGUUACGAUGUGACACAUCCUACCAAUCUUCCAACAGGUGGUGGAGAGAACGCGCCCAGUCUGGUCGGUCUUGUAGCCAGCAUCGACUCGGAUCUCGGACAGUGGCCUGCUAUCGCUUGGCAGAACCCGGCUCGUGUGGAGCAGCUUGACGUCAAGCUGGUUGAGAACUUCAAGUCUCGGCUGCGUCUGUGGCAGAAGCACAACGGUGCCAAACUACCUGAAAAUAUCCUCAUUUACCGCGAUGGUGUAAGUGAAGGGCAGUUCAACAUGGUUCUGACGUCAGAGCUGCCGCACAUCCGGACGGCUUGUAGCCAGAUGUAUGGCAAGCAGCAACCACGCAUCACCCUUAUCGUGUCAGUCAAGCGCCACCAGACUCGAUUCUACCCGACUGAUCCCCAGCAAACGCACGUCAGGUCGAAGAGCCCCAAGGAGGGCACCGUUGUUGACCGCGGAGUGACCAAUGUGCGAUACUGGGACUUCUUCCUCCAAGCCCACGCCUCGCUGCAGGGCACCGCUCGUCCGGCCCACUACACGGUGUUGAUCGAUGAGAUUUUCCGGCCUUCAUAUGGUGCUCAGGCGGCGAACAACCUCGAGCAAGUAACGCAUGAUAUGUGUUACCUGUAUGGUCGGGCCACGAAGGCAGUUAGUAUCUGCCCCCCGGCGUUCUACGCAGACUUGGUCUGUGAUCGGGCUCGGAUCCAUAAGCACGAGCUUUUCGAUGACUCCAGCACCAUUGCCUCCGGGGCACGAAACACGGUUGGAAGCAGGAAGGUGCACCCGAGCUUGGAGAAUUCCAUGUACUACAUUUGA